GCUACCUUCCUUGGUAGUGGAGGUCUCAAUGCGGGCUACGUAUGACAAACAGUCCUCGCCUUCUACAACGAUGAGCAUUCAUGAAGAGAAUCCGUGUUCUUCUAACCCAACUCUUGAUGGCCAAAGGUCGAGUCGCACCUGGUCCACGAAAAGCUCUUGAAUGGACAGGGACGAACUACGUCAUCGCACUUGCCCCCGGUGUCGGUCAGAGAGGCCGUCGCCGUAUGAAUCAAAUAUCGGGUCACGGCAAGAGGGAGAGCAUCAUUCUCGCAACUGAACUACAAAAACACCUUAGUUGAACGCCCAUCCUACGGAGACUUGUUCCUUGGAAUCUUCAGUCAGCACCCCCGCCGCGCCCCGGAUAACGAACGUGAUGGACGGCCUUGCAGGGAUCCUUGUUGCCAUCCUGAGCUUUCUAUUUCCGCCGCUCGGAGUCGCCAUCAUGGCCGGCUGUGGGGCAGACCUGUUGAUCAACGUUCUUCUUACCAUCUGGCUCUGGUUUCCCGGCGUCAUUCACGCCUUCUACCUCCUCUUUGUGUACUACGACCGCCGCGACAGAUACAAGAUUGGGGCACCACCUCUCCAACGAGCGCCGUUUGUGUGGAGCGACAAGGUGCAGUCCGGCGGCAUGGCGUAUGGGCGAACUUGGAUAUGAGCCAAGAAAUGGAGGAAGGAGGGGGGGAGCUGGGUUAUCAAGAACCUCGUCAGUUACGAUGUCUUCGUAACUUAUUUAUUUGCUGGAAAAUGAUGGCACCAUAGCGCCUCGGAUGGAGUUGUAAGCCUCGUAAACCGCAUUCUGAUCGAGAACUCUCGCUCGACG